AUGCCUGUUAUCUCUGGAUCUACCUAUGACAAUACUCAGAAAAGGUACAAUGUUACGAAAGUGCUAAACCCGGACUUUUCAAUCAAUCUAGAGAAGUAUAGAGAAUAUUCACCAGUUUUUGUUCCAUUUUCCUACCUAUUAUCUUAUGCUUUGAAUUUUGCCGCAGUCAUUGCUGUUUUUGUUCAUUGUUUUUUGUACCAUGGUAAAGAUAUUUAUCAUAAACUGAGAAACAAGAACUUCGGUGGUAUCGAUAUUCACAGAAGAAUUUAUCUGCAGAACUAUAAGGAUACGCCCGAAUGGUGGUACGGUGUACUUCAAAUUGUAACUUUGGGCCUAGGAUUUGUCACAGUGACAAGAUUCUCAACUGGGUUGCCAGCAUGGGCCUUCGUUGUCGCGCUGCUGGUUGCCUUCGCUAAUUUUGUUCCUCAAGGAAUUUUAGAAGCUUUCACAAAUCAGCAUGUGGGUUUAAAUAUCAUUACUGAGUUAAUUUGCGGCUAUAUGUUACCUUUGAAACCAAUGGCCAAUCUGCUUUUCAAACUUUACGGGUUUAUCGUUAUGAGACAAGGUUUGAAUUUGAGUAGAGAUUUGAAGCUGGCCCUUUACAUGAAGGUUCCACCUCGUUUGAUUUUUUUCGUUCAAAUAUACGCAACUUUGAUAUCUGGACUGGUUAAUGUCGGUGUACAGGAAUGGAUGAGAUCAAACAUCAAGGAUAUUUGCACUACAACUCAAUCAAACGGUUUUACAUGCCCAAAUGGUCGUACAGUAUUCAAUGCUUCUAUAAUUUGGUCUUUACCAAGAUAUCUCUUUAAUACAGGCAGAAUAUACAACCCAUUAAUGUGGUUUUUUCUAAUUGGCUUAAUCUCACCACUAAUUGUUUUUGCGUUGCAGCGGAAAUUCCCUAGAGUCAAGGUGUUUAAAAAUAUCCAUACACCUGUGUUCUUCACUGGUCCUGGCAAUAUUCCUCCAAGCACACCUUACAAUUACUCGUUGUUUUUUGCAUUAUCAUUUGUGCUUCAUCGAAUCAAGAAAAGAUGGCCAUUAUGGUUCAACAAGUAUAAUUUUGUUAUGGGUGCCGGUGUCGAAGCGGGAGUUGCAAUUUCAGUCACGGUCAUUUUCCUAUGUGUUCAAUACCCAGGUGGCAGCUUAAGUUGGUGGGGUAACAACGUAUGGAAAAAUACCUAUGAUUAUCAAAGUAAGAGAUACUAUGUUUUGCCUGAGAAUGAAACGUUUGGGUACGAUAAUUGGUGGUAG